AUGCUCAACCCAUCAACAAUGGCCCCACACAUGCCCCCAUCAAAGCGAAACGCUGCAGUCAGCUCGGCCACAAAAAUCCUCGACUGCAAGCAGUUCGUUAAGGAUUACCACCUCACGAACCAUCUCUUCUCCUCCUUAAGUCCCAAGCAAAACACUCUCCGCCUCUUAUGUGAAAUUGAUCUCUCCGAGCAACAGCAGCACGAGGUAUGCAACCUCAAAAAUCCCCCGCUCGAGAUGCUCGUUCUCUCGCCCAACGCCACAAUUGCCGACCUCAAGAAUGAGGCCAUGAAGGCUUUCCAGGAUGUUUACCUGAUGUUCAGAAGGUUCCAGGCAGACGAGCUGGUUGGUUAUGGGGCCGUGGACGAGUCGACUCAGGUCAAGCUUUUGUUAGGCUCGACAGAGUAUGUAAAGAUCCGGGGAAGGUUUCUGGGGAAGAACAGUGUGAGUAGGUUUAGGAUGGAGAGGGGAAUGGAUAGAUGGAUCGUGGACUGCUUGUGUGGGGCCAGGGAUGAUGAUGGGGAGCGAAUGCUGGCUUGUGAUGUUUGUAGCAUAUGGCAGCACACGAGGUGUGCCGGGAUUCUGGAUUCUGAUUGUGCGCCGGCCAAGUUUUUCUGCUACGGGUGUAGGAGUGUGGCCCAGACAGCAAAGGCCAGCGGGCAGUGCAGGAAUGAGGUGGUGGUGGAUGGUGGUGAUAAUGCGGCUGGGAUGGGUAUGUGCCUGACUAACACUGGGGUUUUGUAG